AUGGUCUCAGCGCUUGCAUUGCUGCUUAUUGUGCCGCUGCUUGGCAUCACGGCGGGCUCGCCUCUUUUUCACGCGCCUGACUUGCGGCCCUCGCGUCACAUCGGUACGUUUAGCCGCAUCCAUAGUCCGACGGAACUUCGUCGACUUCGUGUGCCAGAUUCCGGGAAUAAUCGGCGUCGACGAGGGGCGUCGCUCCUGGACAUUAGGAACGAUGGUCGACCCGCCGUCGAGGUGGCAUUUGGGAGUCAGUCAUUCUUCUUAGAGGUCGACACUGGCAGUGCCAACGUCUGGGUGGCGUCGUCGACGCUGACAUGCGACCCUGUUGGCUCUUGUUACUUCGGAUCGGGUGGCUUUGAGGCCGACAGUUCGACUCAGCCCCUCCUGGAGCAACAUUUCAACGCCACCUACGAGUAUGGCCAGUGGGCCAACGGGUACGUGAUCGACGAGAGCCUUUCGUUUGCCGGCAUCACAGUCCAGGGUCAGAAAGUUGGAAUCGUGACCUCGGGGGGCGACAUCGGCGACGGGACUACCUCUGGUAUAUUGGGCGUGGCCUUUGGGCCGUCGGCCAUCUACUCUGGGUCGAAUCCCAAAUUCGAUGGCGCGAACAAUCGACUGCAGUACUCGGUUGUCAUGAACACUAUUUUCGACGUCCAGGGUUUAACAUCCUCGUACUUCUCACUGGCACUGUCGCGCGACGCUUCUCAAACCGGGUUCGGCGGCUACCUGGCCAUCGGCGGCGUACCGGACCACACCGACCCUCGUGUCAAUGCGGCCACAACCUUCGCCAGCAGCCCGAUCCUGAUCGACCCGAACUUCGACGCCGCUGAGCCCUCGUUGUACACCGUCGACAUUGGCGGAGUCUUCUGGUACGGCAAUGAUGACACCACCUCUGGCAGUGACACCGAAAAUAUAAAGUUCGUCAUCGAUUCGGGGGCGGCAUUUUCCUACGUGACUCCCGACACGGCAGCUGCCAUCAAUGGAUUGUUCGACCCUCCGGGCUCGAUUGUUGACGGGUCCUGGGAGGUGGGAUGCGGUGCCACGCCUCCGAGUGUCCAAUACGUAAUCGGCGGUCAGGCAUUCAAGGUGAAUCUGGCAGAUAUGAUCCACCAGCAGUCCAUCAACCAAGGGUGCCUGAGUGCCUUCCAGACCAUGUCACCUGGAGGCUACCAGUCUCUCGGGGACAAUCUGUUCCGCAAUACUCUUAUCGUUUUCGAUUGGGGUGAGAUGCAACUACAUUUGGCAGCGCGGCCAGACUAUGAAUCAUAGGGGUUCCCCGCUCAGUCUGAUUAGCUGAUGUUUCGGUGUAUGAAUGAUGAUGAGCUCGGAUGCGUAACUGCCUAAUCAUAAACGUAGUAGGGACAAACCGAGAUGGUAAUUGGUCUCACAAAGGACUCGCUAGCUGCCAGCUCCCCUCCUAUGUGCCUGUCAAGCGAGCCAGACUGGUGUCCGGCUGAACCAGAAGCAGAGCCCAUGAUACCAAAUUUUCUGUUUCAAAACCUCGCACUGGUCGCCCCAGAAAUCCAAGUGACUAUCCUCACGAUGUGAGCCACAUGGCUCAUCUAAGCUUUAUGCAAGGAGUCUUUGCUUCCACGCUA